AUGUCAGAAACAAUCCCAGGCCUCCCGGGCUGGCUCGAACGCUCCCACAACCUCGAGCACCUCACCGCCGUCCUCCGCACGCUCGCGAAGCGCGAGCGCACCCGCAGAUCCGCCCGCUCUGCCUCCCAGCACCCGUCGCACCCCCUCAAGCGCCACUGGCUCGCGCACCUCGCGUCCACCGUGCAGACCAACGCCGAACACGUCGCACACUACUCCAUUGCUGUCGGCUCGGAUCCCGCCUACGCCCCGCUCAACCGCUACGCCGAUAUCUAUCCCUACGACCGCACGCGGGUCGUCGUCUGCCCGGGGGACGACAGCCAUGCCUGUGGUAGCGGCUGCGAGGCGGGGCGCUACCUGAACGCGGACUGGGUACGGGAGCUGUGGGGCGGCAAAUGGUGGGUUGCUACGCAGGCACCGCUCCCGCUGACCGCGCACACCUUCCUCUCCAUGCUCGUCGAGGGCAUCUCGCCCCCACCCUCCCCUAACGAUCCCGCCUCCGCGACGGAGAAUCGGAAUCUGCGCAGCGAGCGGCGCAUCCGCACAGUCGUGCAGCUCACACAGAACCUCGAGGGCGGCAUGCGCAAGGCCCACAUCUACUUCCCGCCCGUCGAGGGCCAGAGCUGGGUCAUCGAGCCCGGCGAAGGGCGCGCGGACCCGAUCGAGGUGACGCUCGUGCGUGCGCAGACCGUCGACGAGGCGCACUGCGUGCAGAGCGUCGUCCGCCUGCAGCUGCUCUCGCCCGAGCGCGCGCCCGUGGGCGACCCCGUGGUCUUCCAGCACCUGCUGUAUGCGUCGUGGCCCGACAACGGCGUGCCUGCGCGCGAGGACCGCGAGGGCCUCCUGCGCUUCGCGAAGCUUGUGGACGACGCGAACCGCGACCUCUCGCUCUACACGGGCAUCGCAGACCUGGAUCCCAACCCGCCGAUCGUGGCGAAUUGCUCGGCGGGCGUGGGCCGCACGGGUGCAUUCAUCGCGUUGUGCUCGCUCUUGCGACACUAUGGCUUCUUGUCGCCCCCUGGCACUGAGGGCAGUCAGGCGAAGAUAUCGCCCCUCCCUGAAUCACCACUCGGCCCGUUGCCGGACGAGCUGAAGGAUGAUUUGAUUGUUCAGGAGAUUGACUCCCUAAGGGAGCAACGGCCGGGGAUGGUCCAGCGGGACGAUCAGGUCGUGAUGAUCUACGAGGCGCUCAUUGCAGCGUUCGUUUCGGCGAGCUAAACGGACACAGAUUGGACUGCACGAGUUCGCGAUGAUUUACUUGACUGACUACGAGAAUUUGGAGGCCGUGCCAUAAGGAAGCCUCAGCUCUCUACACGCCACCUUUUUGGAGGCUUACUCGCCUAGAGCUACGUCUCUGACGAACUCUAUUGACGCAUGUACUCACUAACGGAUAGUAUGUAGUUCGUAACCUCCAGUGCAUAUAGCGAUAUUACCUACGACAUAAGCG